UUGAUGUGACACACCUUCAAUUUAGUUUUUUUUUGUGGCAUUUGUUUGAAUAGCACACAAUCGCGGAGAUUUCGUAUUACAUAUACACAUACUUUUGUAUAAGGAAAAGCGCAGGCUAUGGAUGUCGAAACAAGUCUGGAUAUCGAAGGAACUCUCCGAACGAUUCAGCAAGCCAUCAUCAGUUGCUGCGAGCAACUGCUUGAAAUAGCCACGAUUUUAACCAAUAAAGGUGGCCAGAUAUUGCGCCGUUUGAGGGGAGCAUCAGUCCCGGAGCCCUUCCAAAAUAGUCAAAAUAUCGGUGAUGGUUCAAUGUCUGAAAAUCCUUAUCAAAGGCUCAAUCCCAUGAUAGAUGCACAAUAUAGUAUAUUAGGAUCCGAAAACUUGGUUGGCGAGGGUGACUACUUGCGGCUGGAGAAUAAUAUCAACAAUCAACUUCCGCGUCUUGUAAGCGUGACUUGCGGCUUUGCCAAGGAUCACAUAAGAUAUCCGGAAUAUAAUCGUGGAAAGUUUGGUGAGGAUGCCUGGUUCAUGUCCUCCAGUCCACAGGCGUAUAUAAUGGGCGUGGCCGAUGGAGUGGGCGGUUGGCGAAAUUAUGGCGUUGAUCCCGGAAAAUUCAGUAUGUCCCUUAUGCGAUCCUGUGAACGAAUAUCACAUGCUCCCGAUUUUGAGCCGAAAAGACCGGAAAUACUGCUGGAACGAGGCUAUUGUGAUCUCCUAGACCAAAAGUGUUCCAUUGUUGGCAGCUGUACAGCAUGUAUUUUAUCUUUUAAUCGAGAUAAUAACACCUUAUAUGCAGCAAAUAUUGGAGACAGUGGUUUUUUGGUGGUGCGAUCUGGUAAGGUGGUUUGCCGGUCCCAGGAACAGCAGCAUCAAUUUAACACCCCUUAUCAAUUGGCAUCGCCGCCUCCGGGUUAUGAAUUCCAUGUACUAUCGGAUGGACCCGAAUCGGCGGAUACCAUUAAAUUCCCGAUGCAACAGGGCGACGUCAUUCUGCUGGCCACCGAUGGGGUCUACGAUAAUGUACUUGAAAGCGUUCUCGUGGAGGUUCUUACGGAAAUGUCUGGCAUAUCGAAUUCCGUACAGCUUCAAAUGGCCGCCAAUACGGUGGCUCUAAUGGCGCGUACUUUGAGCUUCAAUCGGAAUCACGAUUCUCCAUUUAGUCAAAAUGCCCGGAAACUCAACAUCGAUGCAUGGGGUGGAAAACCGGAUGACAUUACGGUCCUAUUGGCCAUUGUCGUCUAGAAUAGCCACCCGGAGAAUCAAAUAGGGAAACAAAGGAAGAUCGGAUAUCCAAGGUUAUAUACAAUCAUUGAACGGCCUCUUCCAAGCAGAUUUUACUGACGAAAACCCACAAUUGUUUGUAGCAGGUAUUCGGAGAAGUUGGCGCAAAAAAACUUACAGAAAUAAUCACUGGUAGUAGAUAAUUUAUCAUUUAAAACUACUUUUUUUCAUUUCUGGCAUCACAAACCAAUUUUUUUGUACCUCUUUUCGUUUCAAGUUCGGCCUACAACUAUGCCAUUUAUCGAACAAAAUUGUUAAGGUGUAAUAAAA